GUUAAUUCAAUUUGGAGGCGGAUGCUGAGUUUCAGCCAACCCACCCACACACUCACACGCUCACACACACAUUCACACACACUCACACAUACAUAGAGAGAGAGAGAGAGAGAGAGAGAAACAUGCAUCAUCUACAUUAUCACCACUACCACGAUGACUUUAUAAACACAUAUUAAUUGUCAUGGUAACCCCAGCAAGAAAACAGAUGGAUCAAACCAAGUGAUAACAAAACAUAGAGACAGCCAAACACCCACCAUAGGUUUAAAACGUUAAAGUCUUUCCAAUCCCCCCAGAGGGAGGAAAAGAGAGGUGAUAUGAUGGAGAGACUUCCAAUCACAUGUUGCUCCAAGCCUUUAUUUCACUCUCCUGGUGUUACAGUACAUGUCAUUUAAUCUGAUCCCUGGCUAUUAAAUAGGGUACCUGAACAGUUCCUCUCUUGUCAUCGAUGUCAGGGAAGGCUGGAGUGAGUGGGUGGUGCUGAAGCUUUGCAUGCAUAGGGGAUGGGAAGGGGGGAUAUUUAUUAGAAGGACUGGACCCUCUGUCUCAACCCCUCUCUCUCUCUCUCUCUCAAAGCCCUCCAACUCCAGCAGCCACAGGGAGGAGGAGGGGGAAGAGGAGGAGGAGGAGACAAUAAAUGAAACCGUUUUUUGUAACCACAUGUUGCUGUGCUUGAUUGAACUGCUGCAGCAGGUCCUACCUACCUUCCUUUUCUUUGCAUUGUACAUCUAACUAACAAUGUGGCUGCUGCAUCUGUAGUUUCUGCCACCUGUGGCAGCACUCCUAUUCCCUCUACGCCACAGAGAGAGAACAAAAAAGAAGAGCUCAGAGAGGUCGGAGAGGAGGAGGAUAUCUUUCAUGGUAAGUGGACUUCUGACAGAGAGAGAUCCUCGCUGCAUACCCAGUUGACACAAAUGAAAGGUAAGAUAAUCAGGCUGAUACUGUGAUCAUAUCAGAUGCAUUUUAAUGCCGCAGUGUGUCUCUCUGAUCAUGCAUGUUUAAACAUCACUGUCAUUUGUUCAGAAUGAGGGAAAAGGUCAGCCAGAUGAUGAUUAAAACUGCCAAUUGAUGCAUCUUGAUUUGCACUGUUAACAGAUAUAAAGACACCGUGUUUCAACAGGUGGUUACCACAGCAUCUGCUCUCUGUUUUGACACUAAUGAGAGCAAAGAAGUGUGGCAAUGCUGGUAGAAAAUGUUGAGAGUUAAUGGUUUGGUGGUGUUUUAGCAAACCCUGAGGGAGGUAGGGUGAUUCAUAUGACUGAGCCAACCAGGAGAAAAGCACCGUGGGACUGACACUAUUAACAUUAAUUACUAUAAGCUGAAAGACUGUAAAGAAAAAGGAUGCACUCACUCACCAUGCAGUUCACUGAAAUUUAGUUUUAUUUUCUUAUCACCUUUUAUAUGAGACAGAUCUCUAAUUUCACAUGAAUUAGUAAUUAUUUAAGGAUGCUCAGGGUCUGUAUCUCAUCACUUUUGUCAGCAUAUGGAUAUUUUGCAGUCCAGCUGUGCUUGAAUUUUUAUGUUAAGUCUUUCUUUAUUUACAUUUAAGGCUUUAUAUUUCCACUGAGGGACAAAGGGGAUGUGUUCAUCAGUUUGCUUUGCAAUCUGUGGUUGACUGGACACAUGAUGGCACUGUUGAGACAGACAACAAAAUAGCCUGUAAUUGCAUCUGAAUGACCUUUUCCUCACCAUAAAUAACCAUGUGGUGCCUAAAACGCCGGUUCUGACUAUUAGAGGGACUGAUCGAAUUUGUUAUUGACCCUGAUGUAGCCGGGGAAUAUGAGUGAGAGAGUUGUCUCAUCUUGUCUGUGCAACCUGUUUGAAUUUAUCCAAGAGAAUAUGAUUUUGUGGAUUGCAGAAGAAAGAGACCGCCCGGUGUUUUCAUUCCAAUCAGUCACUGUAUCACAAUUAAAGGCACACUUUGGAGCCGUUACUGGUCAGCGCAGGCAAGCAGGCAAGCAGGCAAGCAAGCAAGCAAGCAAGCAGAGCUGUCUCUAUGGAAAUUGCUUUCGUCAUAACACUUCCUAUCAAGCCUGUGCUGGGGCUCUGGUCGUGCCGCACACACAGACCCUUGAUAGCACAUAACCAAGAUUGUUGGUGGAGGAGAUGACAUUAAUAAUAAAGCACGGCCCCGAAGCGACAGAUAAUUUUAUUGUAUAUAUUACAUAGUUAGCGAUGCUGCUUUUUACCUCGAGCAUUUUAAAUGUGUCUUAAGUUUCUUUUUUCCCCCUCACUAUGACACUGAGUAUUGAUUUUCUAUCCUAUUAUAUUAGUGGUUGGUGUGUUGUAAUGAUAAUACCACCCUAAAUUUGUUUUAUUGCUGUGACGUUUAUCUCAAAUCCUCAAGGGACCAGUGUCACCCAUCCUUAGGCUCCUGGUUUUCCAUUAUAUCCUUGAAGAUUAUUGAUGUUGGAAAACCUAUAAAACCCGACGUACUGAACUGACAUCUAAAUAACAGCUUUCAUGUAGUUUUGGAGUCAGUAAUGAGACCCUGCAGUGUGUUUGAUGUUAUUGCUGGGUAAUGAAAAGAAGCAAAACAUAGGGGACAUAACGUUAUCUGACGAGUUUUUUCUUUGAACUUUUUUUUUUUUUUUUUUUUUUACAUGUUUCUGGCAAUGAACCAGAAUCCUAAAACCAGCACCAUGCCUGGACUCAUUAACAAGGAGAACCGGAGCGCUCUGCCCCUCAGUGUCUCUGACAUCACUUCCUGUGUCAGAGGUUAUACUCUGGCCCUGACGGCUUCUAUGACCUAUGAAAAUAUUGAGGAUCAUGCAAUCGAGGGCAUAUUUAUUUAUCCACUGGAGGAAAAUUCCAUUGUUGUGGGGUUUGAGGCGAUGAUAUCCAGUCAGAUUAUAACACUGCAAAUCAAAGACAAGGCAAAAAUUGACGACUGUUAUCUGGAUUUCUGCAACACAUCUAAUGGAGGCCUCCAGAGUGGCAGCGGACAAAUAGUGAUGGAUGAGGAUUUGGAGAGAACAGUGUUAGUGGUUAACCUUGGGAUCAUCCCUCCUAUGGAGACGGUCCAUAUUCUGGUCAGUACAUCCUCUGAGCUCUCCACCCUGCCCAGUGGGGGCAUCAGGGUCUCAUCCCCACCGGUGUGUACACCUCGGGUACAGAGGACCAUCAACGAGGAGCAGGGAAUAUCCCCAAACUUCUCCAGAACGCGGGACAGGCAUUCCUGUGCCUCCAGUCCUCAUGAUCAGCCUCCCAACUCCCCUCAGCUGUGUUUGGCCUCACUGCUUGAGGAGGAGGCAAUCAACUCCAUGGACUACGAGUUUAACUUCCAGCUAGAGAUACGUGCUCCCUAUCUCCUCGCAGGUGUGGAGAGCCCGUCUCAUGCCAUCCGAGCUGAUGCAGACCCUCUGGCUCGCUCUGCAACCAGCGUCGUCAUCACUCUGGCUGACAAGUACACUUAUGACUGUCCUGUUAAAAUCCUCAUCUACCCCAGUGAGCCUCAUCUGCCACAUGUGCUCAUUGAGAACGGAGACAUGACGCAGGAGGACUAUGAUGAGUAUCUUCACGGUCGGAGCGAUUUCAUCAAGGCCACUAAGAAGGACUCGAGCAAUGAGAGGAAAGUAGAUAUCAUUCACAGGCGACUCCAUAAAGACAUCCUCCACAACCCUGUGGUCAUGUUGAACUUCUGUCCUGACCUCAAGUCUAUCAGCUCAGAUCUGAGGAAGGUGCACGGCGAGUUCGUCUUCCUCAUUGACCGCAGCGGCAGCAUGAGUGGGGUCAAUAUCAACCGUGUAAAGGAUGCCAUGGUGGUGAUUCUCAAGAGCCUUGUGCCAGGCUGCCUUUUCAACAUAAUAGGCUUUGGCUCUACAUUUAAAUCACUAUUCACAACCAGCCAGAGCUACGAGGAGGAAGCUUUGGCUCUGGCUUGUGAGUAUGUCAGGAAGAUCAGAGCCGACAUGGGGGGGACCAACAUCCUGGCACCGCUUAACUGGAUCCUGAGGCAGCCGAUGUUCAGCGGACACCCCCGCCUGCUUUUCCUGCUCACCGACGGGGCCGUCAGCAACACAGGCAGGGUUAUCGAGCUUGUCCGCAGCCAUGCACGCUACAUCAGAUGUUUUACAUUUGGCAUAGGACAGAAUGCUUGCAGGAGGCUGGUGCAAGGACUGGCAACAGUUUCCAAAGGAACAGCAGAGUUUCUGGCCGACGGCGAGAGGCUGCAACCUAAGAUGAUAAAGUCCCUGAAGAAAACCAUGUCUCCAGUGCUAAGCGACAUCUCCAUCGAGUGGCUCUUUCCUGAGACCAAAGAGGUGCUGCUCUCCCCUGUGGGCAACACCUUCCUGUUUCCAGGGGACAGUCUGAUUGGCUACAGUGUGGUUUGCGACACCACCCGUUACCAUGCCAACCCCAAAUCUGAUAAAAGGAGGCGAUACAGCAUGAUGCGCUCCAUUGAGUCAGCCAGCUCAGUGUUUUAUCACUCUCAAGAAGAGGAUUCGAUGAAGACAGGUGUGGAUGUUUCGGGGUCUUACAGGGAAGCACCCUCUGGUGCUCUGUAUGACUCCUACCAGGACUCUGUGACAGACAGCAGCCCUGUCACCACAGAGCAAGACACUAUGGGGUUGGAUAGCAAGACAUCCCCAAGAAGGCGUGCAUACAGUACCAACCAGAUAAUAGACUUCAACCCAGCGAAGAAGGUCUACACUCCCAGUGACCCCAGCUCUGUGGUGACCAAGAAUCCCCUGAGGAGAGCCAAAGUCCAGGAACUGAUUGGCCAGAUGAGCCCUGAACAUGAGGCGCAGUGGAAGAACGACUACCAGCCACAGCUGGCAAGCCUGUGUGCCACAUCUUCCAGAGGGCGUCCUGCCAGCUGUCACAGGCUGGUCCCUCAGCAGGAGGCGCUUCUGCAACAGGAAGCCGACUCAGAGCUUCAUUUGCAUCCCCAGCCUCAGGACAACCCUCUGCCCAGCAGCAGCGUGCCGCCUGCAGCUCGCAACACCGCUGGGGAAGACGGAUCCAGAUCCUCCACGGACAGCCCAUCUGUUGGCAGCGUCGGAGAUACAGAUGGAUACGGCCACCAGUUAUGUCAGGCAGAAACUCCACAGGAGUCCAAAACUUCAGAUCUGGGUGCUGCCAGCCAGCAAAAAGGCGACUGCAAGGCUGUGGUGUCCGGACUGCUGUGUGGGAAACCGGUGAAGUGGGAGGUGGUCUUUGAUGUCGAGCCCUUCCUCAACGGCCGGGAACGUGAGGAGAAGGUUCACGAGGAACUGUGGAACGAGACCUUCCACCACCUGGCUGGACGCUCCAUCAUACAUGACUUUGAGCACAUGGCGGAUAAGGAGUGUGAGAUUGAGCAUGGCUCUGGCAGGAAAUACCAACUAUACGCUAUUCACACCAGCAAGGCCUGCAAUAUACUGAGCAAACACACAGCGUUUGUUCCCAUUGACCUGGACACUAAUGAAUAUUUGCAGACAUGUAUUGAAUACAUAAACCCCGGUGAAGGUCUGAAGAGGGGCUCACACUCGAGCUCUCGCUCAGGAAGCAGGAAGAACAGAGGUUACUCCGUUGGACUGGGUCGCUCUCAGUCUGGCGGCAUGACGGAGGAAGCUGAAGAUGUCCUGCUGCCCAACAGUGGAGAAGACGGAGUCUCUCCCUGCAGCACGCCCUCUUCCUCCGGCUGGGACAGAUGUAACUUCACAGAGGGUAAGAGCAGCAAAUCAACCGUUUUCCAGAGGAGUCCGUCUGUGACUUCUGACCAAUCACAGAAAUCAGUGGAGAGCCUUUUUUCUGCCAGGUUGGCCCUCAGCAGGACUCGUCUCCUGACUCGGGCUGCCAAAGGAUUCAUGUGUCGAUCUCACAGCAAGUCCGGUGAUUCAAUUGGAGAGAGUGACAACGAGAACAAAGACUACAUUCCUCUGGUGUUGUUGCAGUUGGCCAGUGGUGCAUUUCUCCUGGACAUAGCUCUGUGUGAUGCCAUUAAUGUGCCCAUUAACAAGCUGAAGUGGACAUCCCCCUUCACCAGCCACCGCAGCAGCCUGGGCCACCUGUCUCACUCCAGCACCCGGCGUGCUGAGAGUGCUGAUGAUGGACGUAGAUCACCAUGUGAACCAGAAACAUAUCAACAACCUGCAGAGCACACUGUAGGUAUCCACAGCCCUUCUCAUCUGUCCAGGAGCGCCUGGGCGGAUGCUGGCCCUUCCUCGCUGGGCAGUCCAUCCACUGCUGCUGAGCCUCCGCUCUCCCCGAACUCCCAGGCGGACAGCGGACGGAGCUCUGGGUCCGGAGGCUUGGAAACUGCAUCGCCUGGCGGUGUGCUAAAGAGGAUGCUAGAUCCGGAGAGCAUGGUGUGGGCCACAGCUGUGGCUCUUGCCUGGCUGGAGCACAGCUCUGCCAGUUAUUUCAUAGAGUGGGAACUGGUUGCCGCCAAAGCCAGCAUGUGGUUGAGUGCGCAGGACAUCCCAGAGGGCCGGGAUUUGGCCUCCGUCAAGGCUGCUGCCAACCAGCUCUUCAUCAUCCUCAGACACUGGGAUGAAAACCUGCAACUGAACAUGCUCUGUUACAACCCUAACAGUGUCUGAGGCCUGCUAGUGUGAUACAGAUCACUGAAGGUACUUAACCCCAUAUGAUACUAUGCUAACUGAGACUGUACUAUUCUCUGUUCAGCAGUAUGUCCUCUGAAGUCUGAUCUGGUUGUUGCAGUUGUGAACAAUGUGUAUUUUUUUUUUUCGUGUGCUACUCCUCUAAACAUAUCACAGGCUCUUCAGAGGCACUAUGUGCAAGCUAUUACCUCGCUGGUGCCAUAUACUGUAGCUGGAUCCUUGUUAGCAAGGGAUCUAAGUUAUGCCACAGAUUUGAGUUUCAUGGAGAAGAAUGUUAGUGUUAAUUUAGUAGCAUGCUGGACCACUGAUCAUCCCCAUCUGAGAAAAGCUCUUAUUGUCAUCAUAUUGAUGUUAUGGGGGGAAUGCUGCAAAACUGUUCCAUUGAUUGACACAUACUGUUUUUAGAUCUUUACAGCCUUUUCUGGAUUGAUUGUAUUGUGUAUAUGUUACAUGAAAACAACUGGGUACUUGCUAGCAGUAUUGCCAGUCUUUUCUAAUGCCUGUUAUCAUUACAGUGUUAUUAAUAUUUCUCAUUUUUGCAGUUUGAUUAUAGCAGAAACAGAAAAAUAUGCAAAAAGCUAAAGAUAACAUAUGGAUUUGGUUUAAAAAAUAUGUGGCUUGGGUGGGAAUCUAUGAAUGCGUAUCCCACUGACAUAUUAUUUACUGUUUAUUAUUUAAUGAUACAUACACAGUACAUAUUUUUUCACUUAUCUGAGUAUACCUGUCUUAUAGUAGAGGUUUUGAUCAUGCAUUAGUUUUUGGGUUCAGCAAGAAUAACAUAGACCAGGAGCUGGUUGGGCCAGCUAUUCGUAAGUUCAAACUUUACCAAGUUAGAAGUGUUUAGUAAGAGGAGAUUUAUCUGUUACUCCUUUAAAACAGGUUGCACCACACAAACUAUUUCUUACACACAUUAGUGAUUACUAAAUAUUAAAAACCAGUAACUGCCAGUUGUUAACCGUUUUAUAGCUAACUGAACUGUCUGACAAAGUUAACAUUUGCUUGCUACUAUAUUAAAAACCAAUAGACAAAGUUAAUGUUAGCUUGCUAAUAUAUUGCCAACCGACUGACAAACCUAAUGUUAGCUUGCUAAUAUAUUACCAACUGACAAAGUCAAUGUUAGUGUGUUAAUAUACUAUCAACCACUGACAAAGUUAACGUUAGGUUGCUAAUAUACUACCAACCAACUGACAAA